CCAGGGGAGAUUUUCCAAGAUGGCGGCUGUGUCGGGGGUGCCGAUCCAAAGCUGCAGCCCUGCCAGAGAACUCUCCCUUACUGGGCCAACCGGGACCAGUUCUUCACUUACGGAAAGAGUGAAAGUGGAAGAGGGGUCGGAGUCAGAGAAGCAGAGUAAAGUCACAGCUCUGCUUGAGCGACUGCAUGCCAAGCACAAUGCCUCACGGCCAUGGCAGGAGACCUGCAAAGUGGUGCGACAAGCAAUGGAGAAGCGGGGUGGGAUGAAUCCUGCGGGACACCAGUUGCUGCUCAGCUGUCUGGAGACGCUACAGAAGGCCUUGAAAGUUUCAUCUCUGCCCGCCAUGACGGACCGCCUGGAGUCCAUCGCCCGGCAGAACAUGUUGAACUCGCACCUGAGUCCAGGUGGGACGGACUGCUACAUCACCUCUGACCUCUUCUACGUGGAGGUGCAGCUGGAGCCCACGGGACACCCCAAAGACGUCAAGGUGGCCCACCAUGGAGAGAACCCAGCGAGCUGUCCUGAGCUGAUCCAGCACCUCCGAGAGAAGAACUUUGAGGAGUUCUCCAAGCACCUGAAGGGACUAGUCAAUCUCUACAAGCUGCCAGGGGACAACAAGCUGAAGACUAAGAUGUACCUGGCCCUGCAGUCUCUGGAGUCAGACCUCACCAAGAUGAUGAACAUGUUCAGGUUGGCCACCAACGCCACCACAGUGGACACCAUUGUGUACGGCAGCGUGGGGCUGCUGUCUCCGCGCUCCGGAGGGCAGCUGGUGACCCUGCAGUGCUACGUCUCCCCCUACGACGUCUUCCAGGAGGCCAGCGGCGGGCAGAUCUUCGCAGACGCCAACUUCCCUCGUUCUCUGGGUGUGAGCGUGUCUGUUACAGUGGAGGGAACGUCAGCCGUCUACAAGCUUCCUAUCGCACCACUCAUCACAGGGUCACACCCUGUGGACAACAGAGGUACCCCCUCCUUCUCCUCCGUGACCAACUCUAACUGUGUGGACCUGCCGGCCUGUUUCUUCCUGAAGAUCAACAAGCCCAUGCCCUUCUCCUACUCCUUCAUCCAGAGGAUGGCCAUCGCCACAGGCAUCCCAGUGUUUGACACUCCACCGCCGCUUUCUUCUCUCUACGAGCUCAUCAUCCAAUCACAGCUUCAGGACGAGGGGGAGGCCGGCCCUCUGCCCGCCAAUCACAACAUGCGCUUCUACGCCUCCCUCCCAGGCCAGCCGCACUGCUACUUCCUGAAUGGCUCUGCCCCGGUGCAGGACGGCAUGAGCCUGCGGGGGGCGAUGGUGAGCCGGCUCCCCUUCCGCCACCCGGCGCAGGUGCCCGCAAUCCUGGACAUCAUACGCCACCAGGCAGCCUACAACACACUCAUCGGCAGCUGCGUCAAACGCACACAGCUGAAGGAGGACACUCCUGGGCUGCUGCAGUUUGAGGUGUGCCCGCUGACCGACUCCAGCUUCAGUGUGUCAUUCCAGCAUCCCGUCAACGAAUCACUCGUCUGUGUGGUGAUGGAUGUGAUGGACUCCCGGCAGGUGAUGUGUAAGCUGUACAAGGGAAUGUCAGACGCUCUCAUCUGCCAAGACGACUUCAUCACCAAGGUGGUACAGAGAUGUAUGUCUAUCCCUGUGACUAUGAGAGCCAUCAGGCGCAAGGCCGAAACCAUCCAGGCAGACACACCAGCACUGUCUCUAAUCGCAGAGGAGGUGGAGAGCAUGGUGAAGAAGACGCUGCCCUCUACGGGUAGCCCCCGGUACGGCUUGCAGGGCGCUGACGGCAGCAACCCCAUGGGUCUCCCGGGCAUGGGGGGAGGCAGCACCCCCACAGGAGGGGGACCCGCUGGGGCCGGUGGCCCCUUCUCAGGGCCCAUCACCUCCCUUUUCAACGCGCCCCGUGGGGGGCCCCCCGGAGCAGCAGUGGGGGUGGACGCCAUGGGCCAGGGGCCUGGAGGUAACCAGAGCCAACAGCAGCAGCAGCAGCAGCUCCAACAGCAGCAGCAGCAGCAGCAGCAGCAGCAAGCCGGCCAGCACGGCACGGAUGACUUCAGCAAGGUGACCCAGAACCCCAUCCUGACCUCGCUGCUGCAGAUCACGGGGAACGUGGGCAGCCCCAACGCCCAGAACCAGAGCCAGAAUGCCCCUGCCCAGGGGGGAGGGGCCGCUGCCACUGGGGGUGGGUCUCAGCCCCACCAGACGCCCCCUCCCACCUCUUCCCCGGCCAGCAAUACCAAGAACCACCCCAUGCUCAUGAACCUGCUGAAGGACAACCCCUCGCAGGACUUUGCAGCGCUGUACGGUUCUAGUCCGCUGGAGCGGCAGAACUCGUCCGGGUCGCCCCGAACCGACCAGCUGGCUCAGCCGCCGGGCCACACGGGUACCGGCACAGGCACCACCCCCGGCACCAAGGGAAAGAAGAAGAGGCCCAGGGAUAAAGGGGCGCUGGGUCCGGGUGGAGGCAUGAAGCAGCAGCAGCAGCAGUCCCAGGGACAAGGCCAGCAGCAAGGAACAGGCGGUGCAUCCUCCAUGGCCCCCCAGCACCCGCAGCACUCGCACCACCCGACGGAGGACGACUUCCACCGUGAGCUCUUCUCCAUGGACGUGGACGCCUCGCAGAACCCCAUCUUCGACGUCAACCUGCCCGGCGACGGCCUGGACACGCCGCACAGCAUCACGCCCGCGCCGAGCCAGUGUGGCACGCCGCCCGCUGGCUCCGGCAUGCCGCCCUACCACCCGCACGGACCGCCCGCACACCUGCAGGGGGCGCCAUCCCAGUCCCGAGCCAUGCGCCUGUCCAGCUCUGACAGCAUGGGUGCGGAUCUCAACAUCAACGACAUCCUGUCUGACAUCCCCGAGCAGACCACCAAGACCAGCAGUGGCGGAGGAAGUGGAGGUCACAGUCAACAUCACCUUGGCGGCGGAGGUGGUGGGGAGGACGGGGGCGGCUCGCUGGGCACCCCGCCUCGCGACUCAUCCAGCUCGGGCCAGGGCAGCGGCGUCUUCGACUCGGACCUCUUCAACACCAACAGCAACGAGAACCCCUUCUCCGACGCGGCAGACCUGAUUGCCGAGGCGGCGGCCGGUGGUGUCGCCGUGGGAACACCCAAUAGCGACGCCUCGUCCACCAACUUCUUCCCCGACGCCGUGGACUUCAACCCCGAGCUGCUGAGCGGACAGGGCAGCUUCUCCCACAACUACUUUGACGACAGCUCGCCCAGCCCAGAUCCAGGAGAUUUGGAUCUGAAGGGCUUCGGUGGUGGCGGGAGCAGCCAACAGAACACCCCGUCCAGCACCCCGAUCCCCCAGAAUCCCUCCCAGGGCCGCAACACCCCGGACCCCUCCCUCAAAGACCCAUUUGACAUGAGCAUGGUGUUCGGUGGCAGUAGUGGCGGCAGCAGCGGCGGAGGAAAGCCUCUCCCGGGAAUGGCCCCCGAUUUGGGGGACCCGCACCCCACUAGCCACUCCGGGGGGAGCCAGAGCCCCCUCUUAAUGGGCAUGGGAGGCCCAGGAGGAGGAGGAGGAGGAGGAGGAGGUGGUGGCAGUGGCAGCGGGGAGUUUAAGAGCGGAGGAGACGGCAAGAUCAAACCACAGCACAUGAUGAGAGGAAAGGACGACAACGGGGGAGGAGGUGGUGGGCUGGGGGGUUCUGGAGUCGGGGGUCCCGGUAGUGGUGGGGGCUCGGCCACGGGUUUGGGAGGAGGAGGGGGUGGCGGCGGCGGCGGCAUGGGCGUAGGCUCCGAUGGUACAAAGCAGGUGAAGCGUAGCCGCACGCCAUCGAGCGAGGGCAAGCCUAAGGACAAGCCGGCCAAGCGCAAGAAGCUGGACCCGGACGGGAAGUCCCCUUCUCACAGCGCCGGUGGUGCCGGUGGUCGCCCUUACACCCCGCCCAGCAUGGGCUCCGGUUCCGGAAUGUCUGGAAUGGGCACUUCGGGAGGAUCUAAAUCGCCAGGCAGUUCUAGCAUUGGGCGUUCUCAGACUCCGCCGGGCGGAGCGACGCCGCCCAUCCCCAAGAUCACCAUCCAGAUUCCCAAAGGGGCAAUCUCAGGAGGCAAGACGUCCUCCUCGCACGGCGGCUACACCACCUCCAGCAGCUCUUCUGGAGGUGGCUCUGGGGGAGCGGGAGGGGGAGGAGGAGGAGGAGGAGGAGGAGGAGGCGGCUCAGGCGGGAGCAAAAGCCACCACUCGCACUCCUCCUCCUCCUCCUCCUCGUCCUCCUCCUCCUCCUCAGGGAAGAUGAAGGGCAACAAGAUGGAUGGAUCCAUGGGGCAGAGCGGUAGCUCCAAGCCUAUGGGUGGUGGUGGUGGUGGUGGAGGAGGAGGGGGCAGUGGUGGCGGGAUGGGAUCCCAGUCCAAGGGCUCCUCGCAGGGCAUGGGCGGCGUGGGCAAGCCCGGCACUUCGCCCGUCACCAAGCAUGGCAUGACUGGAUCCGGCUCGGGGUCCGGGAGCGGCACAGGAUCUGGCGGCAGCGGCGGGACCGGCAGCGGCAGUAAUAAGAUGAAGCCCAGCCAAGGCGGAAAGCCAUCGGGGUCGUCGCUGAUGAACCCAGGCAUGAAGCCCAACAUCUCCCCCUCACACUCGCACUCCCGGACACCAGGGGGAGCUGACAAGAUGUCCUCCCCACUCAAGCACCAGCAGGGACAGAUCCGCCUUGCCUUGGCACAGGUACCCGGCACCCCGCCCUCCUCCAAAGCCAAGUCUCCCAUCGGUUCAGGAGGAGGUGGAGGAGGAGGAGGAGGUUCGGGUGGCGGAGGGGGAGGAGGGUCCAAGUCCUCCUCCUCGGCCUCCUCCGGUAGUGGCAUGGGCUCCCAGAAGCAGAUGGGUGGAGGAGGUUCCUCCAACACCUCCUCAUCCUCCUCAGCUGGUAACAACUCCUCCUCAGGCUCGGCCCCUUUUUCCUCGGGUAGCCAGCCGCAGUAUGGGGGAGGAGGGGGAGGUGGUGGGGGAGGGGGAGGAGGAGGAGGUGGUUCAGGUGGAGGAGGAGGAGGCGGUGCAAACAAUGCCAACAACCCCAACAACCCCAACGCAAAAGGGAAGUCCCCUAGCCGCAACAAGAAGCCCUCCCUCAUUGCAGUGAUCGACAAGCUGAAGAACGUCGGCGGCGGGGUGGUUAUCGGGGAGGAGUUGCCUGAGGGCCCUGGCUGCGGUGGAGGAGGAGGUGGAGGGGUGCCUCCUGGUGGGGGUGUAGGUGGUGGGCCUGGGGGUCUUCCUCCGGGUAUGGUCCAGGGGAGUGGCCCCAAACCCCCACACAUGUCUGGUGCACAGGGCAGCGACUACAAACGAGACAAGAUGCUGGAUAAGGACGGCAAGGUGGGCAAGGUGUCCGUCUCCGGGGGCAACAGCGGCGAGAAGAAGUCCAUGGACUCCUCCAAGGGUUCCGUAGGAGGUGUGACCGGAGGCGGGGCAGUGAGCAGCACAGGCGUGGCCAAGAUCAUCAUCAGCAAACCGGACGGCGGAUCCCCCAGCAUCAAGCAGAAAGUCACGCUGCAGAAGCCCGACGGCAGCGGAGCCGGGGGGUGCGGCAUAGGGGGCUCGGACGGUGGUGGUAUGGGUGGUGGGGUGAGGAUGAAGGCGUCUCCGUCUCUGUUCAGCGGCUCAACGCCAAAGCACGACCGCAGCUCGCCCAGCCACAGCCACCACAGCCGCUCGCCCGGCGCCUACACGCCCACGCUCAACGCCGGAGACAGCGGCAGCGAAUCAGGAAGCUCCGUUGCUGAGAAGUCACACCAUAAUUCCCCCAGCUCUGAUGAGGACAGCCAGGGUCCUAUCCGCGUGGCGCUCCCCACCAUGCAGCAACCCCACCAGCCGCCGCAGCCCGACUACCUGGGCUCUAUGGCAACCGGCGGUGGAGGGGGCAUGGGCUCGAGUGGCGGAGGACUCGGGGAGAAGCAUAAAAAACACAAGAAGGAGAAGAAGAAGCAAAAGGAGCGGGAUCGUGACCGUGACAGAGACCGUGACAGGGAUCGGGAUCGUGAUCGCGACCGCGAGAAGAAGAAGUCGUCCAUGUCCAUGGGCGGCUCGUCGUCUCACAGCAUGAAGGACGGCGGCUGGUCACGUUCGCCCAUCUCUGCGUCGGACUCGCUCAUGGGCCUGUCGCGGCCCAGCCCCGCCUACAUGCGCUCGGAAGACGACGAUCUCAUGGACUCCGCCCUCACCGGCAACCUUGAGCCCUUCAAGUAAACAGGCAGCAGGAAGUAGUUUGUCUGCAGCCAGCCCUUCCAAGUUGAACACAGGAAAUGGGAAGUGGGUUGUGUUGGAACCAUUCAAGUGGACCCACCAAGGAAACAACAAGAAGUGGAUUAUUUGUAGUCCGUCGGCUGUGCAUAACGGAAAGCAGGAAGUGUCUUAUUUGUAGUUCAUUAUCUCAACAAAUGCUUGGAGCCCUUUAAAUUCAAUAGGAAAGCGAACAUUUGAGGGUUUUUAUUUUGGUAUUUUGGACUUUUUUGGAGAAAAAAAAAGAAAAGGGGGGUGGGGUGGAGACAUAGUUGUGAACUCAUCUGCUGUCAUUGCUCAACAGCAACUUGGAGUGGAAGCAAGAAAGAGGAUUAUUUUUCUAACUUCUUUUAAAAGUGUAUGUGUGUGUGUGUGCGUGUGGUGCGUACAGAGGUUGUUCUUACCUAUAUAUAUGCAUCACAUACUACA